UCAGAGGGCAGUGGUCCGUCUGUUUCUCAGUUUCGUUCACUAGCCAAAAUGAUGGCACUGUAUUUGAGGCCUUUGAGCAGGGGACUGGCUACUUCGGCCAAGGAAGAGCACGGAGCAGGAGGGAAAACCUGGCGUCUGCUGACCUUCGUGCUAGCUCUCCCGGCCGUGGCUGUCUGCACCCUCAACUCCUGGCUCCACGCAGGGAAGCAUGAACGACCUGAGUUCAUACCCUAUCACCACCUCCGCAUCCGUACCAAGCCUUAUUCCUGGGGUGACGGCAACCAUACCCUGUUCCACAAUCCCCACGUGAACCCCUUGCCCACGGGCUAUGAACACCCGUGAUCCCAGACGCCCUAGAAGUACAAUAAAGGUCGGCCAGCUUCAGCCCGAGUGAAAACCAACAA